AUGAGGACGACGGCGGCGCAGCGGCAGCGGCGGCCGCCGCAGGAAGGCGCCCGAGCCCACCUCUUGGCGGGGACCCCGUCGCGGCACGACGCGCGGCCGGGCGACGGCGCGGCGCGGGCGGCGGCCACCAAGGGGUGCGCGACGUUCUGGGUGGAGGGGGAGGGCGGGGAGGCGCCGCGGCGGGUGGCGGUGCCCGUGGCGCGCCUGGGCCACCCGCGGAUGCUGGAGCUGCUCGGGGAGGCCCGGGAGGCGUACGGGUUCGAGCACGAGGGCGCCGUUGCCGUCCCCUGCGGCGUCGACUGCUUCAUGCGGGCCGUGGAGGCCUCAGCCUCGGCGUCGGCGGGGCACGGACACGCGCGCGGCCGCGGCAACCACCACCACUUCCGCCUGCCUCACAUCCACAUCGCCCGCUGCUUCAGGCCGUCGCACGUCGUCGCGUAG